AGACAGUCCAGGAGGAAAAGAUUCGCCAGCUGGCUCAAGCGGUUCAGGAGCAGGCCAUCGAGGUCCAGCAGCACUGGGAGCGGUUCAGUGCUCAGGCCGCCAGCUGGACGCACGAGCUUGACUGGGCUCUGGGGAAACUCCAGGACCUCCAACAAGCCAUGAACCAACUGGACCUCGGCCUGGCUGAGAUGGAGAACGAGAGCUGGCACUCUGAGGAACACAGCAUGCUCAACUGUGUGCUGGAGAGCGUGGAAAAUACAGGGAUUGUGGGUAAUCACCAGCACUUGCAAUGCUCUCAGACAGAUAAGAGACAUUUCUCCCAUGACCUCUUGUCUGCUUCCGUUCAGUUCCCUUGGCAAAGAGCUGUUUUUCAUAACGGUGUCCCUUAUUAUAUCAAUCAUGAGCAGCAGACCACCUCAUGGGAUCAUCCAAAGAUGACACAGCUAUUUCAGUCAAUGGCUGAUCUGAGCCAUGUGCGUUUCUCUGCUUACCGCACGGCGAUGAAGAGCCGCCGGCUACAGAAAGCCCUCUGCUUGGACCUCUUGGAGCUCAGCAUCGCACAGGGUGUCUUUGAUCAACACAAACUCACGCAGAAUGGACAGCUACUGGAGAUUCCAGGCAUCAUAAACUGUCUCUGCACAAUCUACCGUGAACUUCAGCAGGUGCAUCCGGAUCUAGUUAAUGUGCCUUUGUGUGUGGAUCUGUGUCUCAACUGGCUUCUAAAGGUUUACGACAGCGACAGAAGUGGAAAAGUUCAAGUGUUGUCCAUGAAGAUCGGCCUGUUUUCUCUUUCAAAAGGACCACUAAAGGAUAAGUACAAAUAUCUGUUCGCUGAGGUGGCCGGCGCUGCAGGCGUCUGUAACCAGAGACAGCUGGCGUUACUGCUUCACAACAGCAUCCAGAUCCCACACCAGCUCGGGGAGGCCGCAGCCUUCGGAGGGGGUAACAUGGAGCCCAGUGUCCGGAGCUGCUUUCAGAAUGUGGGCCGUGAUGAUGUCAUUGAGCUGCAGCAGUUUGUGGACUGGAUGCAUUUGGAGCCGCAGUCGAUGGUCUGGUUGCCUGUACUUCAUAGAGUCGCCGCUGCAGAAACCGCCAAACAUCAGGCCAAAUGUAACAUCUGUAAAGAGUGUCCCAUGGUGGGCUUCAGGUAUCGGAGUCUGAAGCACUUCAGCUACAAUGUGUGUCAGAUGUGUUUCUUCUCGGGAAGGAUUUCCAAGGACCAUCAUCUCAGAUAUCCAAUGGUGGAGUACUGCACCCCUACCACCUCAGGAGAAGAUGUGCGAGACUUCACCAAGGUGCUGAAAAACAAGUUCCGCUCAAAGAAGUACUUCACCAAACACCCUCGGCUCGGCUACCUGCCCGUGCAGACCAUCCUGGAGGAAGAGCAUUUAGAGACGUGAGUUUGUCCAGUGCAUAUAUUCAAGAAUAUAUCAUCUUUCCUCUCUAAUUCUUGUCUAAAAAGCGCAAGAAUAAACUAUAUUAUACGUCCUAGAUUUACACUACAGGAUGCCAUUUCUCUAUUGUAGCAAUUCCCGUCAUCGCUCAGCCUCAUGGGAAACAUGCUUCUCUGAUUUUGUUUUGCUGAGGAGUUCAUUAAUUACUAAAGGUCUAUUCAUGUGUCAUUCGAAAGCUGGAACAGAUGAGAGGCCAUUCAUUCAUGAAAUUCCAAA